AUGACCAGCAAUCCGCUCUCGAUCUUCAUCGUCGGAGGCCACGGCAAGGUGGCGCUCUCGUUCACGCGCCAGGCGGCGGCGCGCGGACACAAGAUCUUCAGCAUGAUCCGCCAGCCCGAGCACGCCGAUGACUUGCCCAAGGGCUCGUCUGGCUCGGUCGAGCCAGUGGUUGCAUCGCUCGAGCAGUCGUCGGUCGCCGACAUUGCGUCCCUCUUCACGAAAUACGCGCCCAGCGUCAUCCUCUUCGCUGCCGGAGCCGGUGGGAAAGGCGGACCAGAACGUACAAAAGCUGUGGACGAGCAGGGCGCCAUCAAGGUGUUUGACGCUAUCGAGCAGAGCGGCAUCGCCAAGUCGGAGCAGUUCCGCCGCUUCCUCCUCGUUUCGGCGGUAGAUGUGCGCGACAAGAACAAGCCGCCUCCUUCGUGGUACCAGAAGCCAGACCUCGAACGCUCAGAAAAGACCCGCAACGCCAUCGGCGCCUACAUGGAUGCUAAGUACGCUGCCGACAAGAACUUGUCGGGCCGAACCUCUUUUCCCUGGUUUGUCCUCCGUCCUGGUGGACUCCUCGACGAGCCUGGCACCGGCAAAGUCGCUCUCGGCAUCCACCAGAGCCUCGUUCACUCUAUCCCGCGAGAGGAUGUGGCAGCGACGCUCCUCGAGGUUGCCCAGCUCCCCAAGGGUCAGGCGGACGGCCUGAUGCUCGACCUUCUUUCCGGCGACAACGACAUCCCCUCCUCGGUGCGCGAUGCAGCCGAACGAGGCCCCGCUAUUCAAUACGAUUGUGCCUCCUAUCCCACAAGGCUUGCAAGACUUGCAUCGGUCGGCUUCCUGCAGCUCUCCACUGGAUACAGGGCGGAGCCGACAUUUCCGGAAAUGCUACGAUCUUCCCUCUCGGCAGGUGUCUGCCUUGUGUUGGCCACGCUUGCAGCGGUGUGCGAGGCUUCGCCAGUGUUCUACUCGACAAAGCUCGGCACUCGUCGCACCGCACACUUCGCUCAGUGCCAAGCACCCAAGACCGGCAGCGGCAAUCCUCUUGCCGGUUGUCCCAGCGGCACGAUUUUCGUGAGCAAGACCCAUCCAGCAGCCAGAUUCAGGACCAUCAGCGCGGCUCUGAGUGCUCUUCCCGAUAAUGGUAACACCGGUACGGUACUGAUCGACCAAGGGCAGUACCAUGAAAAGGUCGUGGUGACUCGGGGAGUGACGCCCGACAUCUCGAGUGCCAACUCGAAUCGAGUGGAGGUGUGGCAGUCGUCGUACGUCAACCAAAGUGAUGUGACGAGCGUGCUGCACAACUGCGAAGCCACAGUGCUGGGUGUCGGCAACGGCGGUGCGAUCGGCAAUAGUAACUUCAAGGCGUACAACAUCGACUUUGCGCAGCGUCAGUUCCUCAACGGUCAAGAAGUCACCGAGUAUCAGCUCGGACCUGCUGCAGCGUUGUGUGUGCAGAGUUCCAAUGCCUCCUUCUACGGCUGCGGGUUUUCGAGCUACCAAGAUACGAUCUUUGUCGGUCGUGAUUCGCAGGCGUUUUUCUUCAAGUCGAUCGUCAAGGGUAUGACGGACCAGCUGUACGGGUAUGGCAAAGCGUGGUUUGAAAAGUGCAAGCUUCUCUCUCGCGCGUGUGGCGGAGGGAUCACUGCAUGGCGUGGCGAUCCCACCGAUCCACUCGUCGGUGUCUACAUCAGCAACUCGAUCAUCGCACAAUCACCCGACGCCUCCAAAGCCAAGAGUAUGGUCGGACGUUGCCAUCUCGGCAGACCUUGGAACGCCUACAGCCACGCCGUAUACCUCAACACAUUCAUGUCCAACAUCGUGGCAGACGCCGGAUUUAGGAUCUGGUCUCAAGCCACGCCCAAUUUCGACCCCAAGCUCACCAGAUUUGCCGAGCACGGCUCUUCCGGUCCAGGUGGAAACACCAGCGGGAGAGAUACAGAGCUCGAGACGAUUCUGUCGGAUGCGGCCGCUGCCAAGAUCACCAUCCACAAGGUCUUUGGUGGCUCGACACCUUGGAUCGACCUCGCGACCGUCAAGAACUCGUCGUCGGGCUAA